UUUUUUCUUUCGACUUUUGUUUUAUACUUUUUGUUGCUGUUUUCGAUUCCCGAGCUUCAAAAAUUUCCUCUUCAGAACAUCUUUUUAGUAUCCAAUAUUUUUCUUUAAAAUUUCUCUUGACUUUUUUUUUAUAUUUUAGUAAUUUUAGAUCUGUCCGUAAAUCUUUUGCGCACAAAAAUUAAUAUAAUAAUUUAAUAAAGAUAUUCAAAAACGGAAAAUUAAAUAUAAUUUUUUUAAUUUAAAAGGAGGCGGAAAAACAAUGUUAAUUGAUAUGUUUUUACAAAAUAUUUCAAUUGAAAGGAAAGAACGUAUUCAUUUUCAUCAAUUUAUGCAACAAUUUCAUAAAAAUUUGCAUUUAUUAAAAAUUAAUUCGAAAGACGGGGAAGACCCAAUCCCCCAAAUUACUAAAGAAAUAAUUGAUAAAUCGAUACUUUUUUGUUUUGACGAAUUCCAAGUUGUUGAUAUUGCUGAUGCUAUGAUAUUGAAACGUUUAUUUACUGAAUUAUUCGAUUUGGGAUUGAUACUUGUUGCCACAUCAAAUCGACCUCCAAAAGAUUUAUAUAAAAAUGGUCUUCAAAGGCACCAAUUUAUUCCUUUUAUUGAAUUAAUUGAGAAAAAAUGUCAUAUAAUUUCUCUAGAUUCAGAAAUUGAUUAUAGAAAAACAUCUUCACAAGCAGAAGGAAUGUUUUUUGUUGGAAAAUCUGUUGAAAUUGAAAAUAAAAUUGAAAAUGAAUUUAAAAUUUUGUUUAUUGGUUCAAAAACAAUAAAUAUUUUGGGAAGAACUUUAUUUAUUGAAAAAUGUUGUGGACGUAUUGCUUAUUUACAUUUCGAUGAACUUUGUGGAAAACCUUUAAGUUCGAACGAUUAUAUGGCUAUUGCUAGGGUUUUUCAUACAGUUUUUAUUAGGUUUUUUAAUUUUUUUUAA